AUGGGCUAUCAACAACAACAGUAUUUCCCACCACCGCAGGGGCCUUCUCAACCAUACAGACCACAAUACCAACAACAGCAAUCCAUUCCGCAACAGAAUACGCCGUCGAUUCCACCACAAAAAUCCAUGCUCGAAGAAACACUGCAAGCCUUUAUGGAGAUGAGCAAACAAAGUAUAGAGUCUCAAGCUUCUACGAUCAAAAGGCUCGAGACUACGGUUGGACAACUUUCCGGUGCCUUGAAUCAAAUCCAACAACAACAGCAACCCGAGAAGUUUCAUGGUCAACCUGCUCAGACGCAUCAAGCUCUUGCUGUAACUGUUCUUCGCAGUGGUAAGAUGGUGGAUAACAAAGUGGAGGUUCCUAAUUUGACCAGUGCAGAGCAGCCAAGCUCUACCGUGACCAGAGCAGAGCUGCCGUGUUCUGUCCAGCCUAGACCAGAGUUGCCGAGCUUAGCGCUGACCAGCCCGACUGAUGGAGAGACGGCAGACAAGCAAAAGGAAUGA